AGGAAUGGAACUCCAUCAUUAAGUAAGGAAAGGCUGUACUCUGUAUUAUAAAAAGACUUCCUUCCAGAGGUUGUGCAACUGCUGGGGUCAUAAUGAGUGUCAACAACUCUCUCUAUAUGGGUCCACUGCUAGGAUUUGGAAGUGACAAGCAAAAGGAAGAGUGGAUCACACCCUUUACAACAGGAGAACGCGUUGGAUGUUUUGCUCUUUCUGAACCCGGUAAUGGUAGUGAUGCAGGUGCUGCAUCAACUGUGGGUAAAGAAGAUGGUGAUAGUUUUAUCUUGAAUGGCACCAAGGCUUGGAUCACUAAUGGUUAUGAAUCUGAGGCAGCGAUUGUCUUUGCUACAACAGAUAAGGCUAAAAAGCACAAAGGAAUAUCUGCAUUUAUAGUCCCCAAACCCACAAAGGGUAAGUUAAUCUGUGUAUAUGCCAGUUAUUUGGGCUGCAUUGAGGGAUUUUGCAAUAGAUUUGCUCAACAUAAAAGUUAGAAAAUAUAUAAUUCCUUUUAAUAUUUUUUCAUCCAAAGCUUAUUUUACAUGUAGUUGUAUUAUACAUUACAUUUACAGUAUUAUUCUGAUUCAAGCUGAUCAUUAGUAGCAAAGUUAUAUGGAAUGAGUAA